GUAAUGAAUGAAAUCGAUAAUUAAAUAUGGAUUUAGGUUUCAAUUAAGUGUAUAUAAAAAUAAUGGAGAAAUUGUUUGCGCUUUUAAUCGCCGUUUUGUUGAAUUUCGUUGCCGUAAACGUGGUAAACGGCCAGAACGGCGGGUGCGCCCCGGGAUCCAUUGAAUUGUCGAUACAGCAAAUGUGCGAACUCGUGCCCGACACUGGCGAAGGCGUCGAAGACAUUGUCCGCAUCUAUUACAACCCGGUGUUGCAACAGUGUCUGCCCUUCUCGUGGUCGGGUCGCGGCGGUAACGCCAACCGAUUCAUAUCCAUCAAGAAUUGCUACGAAAUAUGUCACCCAUCGGAUCCGGGACCGCGACGACUCAUCGCCAGCGGUGUCCGCACGUAUCUCGUCAAACGAAAGCCCCCGAAGUAUUGCAACGGCAAACGGCCAGCGAUUCCCGAACUCGGGAUUCCCGAGAUUGAGUUACCGAAGCCGGGAAAGGGUGGCCGCGACGGAGAGGACGAGGACGAUAAGCCGUUGCCGCCGUCGGACAUCAUUGUGCGACAGAUCCGCAAUCCGUUGGAUCCGUCAAAGUUGUUGACAAUCGUACAGCCGGUGAAUUACGUGAAGGAUAGGCCCAAGUUUACGACCGAGAAACGGGUCCGACCGCAGGGUGUGGUCUAUCCCGUGAGCCAACAUCUGGGCCCGAAGUUGCAGACGUUUUACCAAAAUUAUGAAUGA